AUGAAGGGCACUCCGGAGCCGCACGACAUUUUGAUGCAGAAGGGUUUGCUUCAUCAGUGGGAGCCAGGCAUGUUCACGCUCUUCGUCUCGCAUCAGUGGCUGGGUUCGCAGCAUCCCGACCCCACGGGGCAGCAGCUGGGCGUGUUGCGCACCGCGCUGCGACGGAUCUUGGAGCAGAGUCUACAAGUCGAGGAGGAUUUGAGCCUUGGACAAGGGACCGUGGAAGUGGAUCCGGAACAAAUCAAGCGACUGUCCAAGCCAACGCUACAGCAGAUCGAGCGGGGAGCUAUUUAUUCAUCGACUGGUUUGCAAUACCCCAGUGCCCUUGGCUGCAAAUUGAGGCCGCAAGAGCUUGGUCGAAGGAUCACGGCGCGCCUGCCUGGAGUCAACGAGGAGAGCACCCGCUCCAGCGCGGCGCUUGCGGUGCAGAGCAUCCCCGCGUACGUGGAGGUGUUGUGGGCUGCAGACCUCUUCUUGGCAUUGGUGCCAGCCACUGGGCGGCCUCUUGCUGUUAGAAGUGUGUGCCCACACAAGGGUUCGGUGUUGUCCCGAGGUUUGCUGUCCAACAAGUCCGACACCAGCAUCAUCGUGAUUUAUUCCACCUGCGAUGCUGAGUUGAUGUUCCCCCUGGUCUGGCAGCGGAACUUGAUCGCCGAUGGCCUUUUCACCGUGGAGUCUGACCGUGCGGUGGUGGUGAAGCUGGGCGAGGCCGCCUUGGAGAGCUUCUUGGCCGUGGCGGUCUGGAGUCGGGAGUUGACCGGUAAGCUCGAGACCUUGCACAUCGAGGGGCCGGUGAGUCACUAUCGCUUUUAUUUGGCCUGUCGUCCUCGGCUCCUAGGACAUCAGCCCAUGGCGCUGGACUGUGAGGACUUCCUCCGCUACUUCCACUUCCCCUCCCUCCAAGAGGCUGCGGAGGGGCGCAGCUGCCGCGAUGGCCUGACUGGACUCCUUUGUGCGGUGCUCGCGGGCAACGCGCACAUGAUCCGCAUGCUGGCCAAGCACCGCGCUGAUGUGAACGACCGCCUGGGAGACCUGAGUGAGCUUGGCUACUACGAGACUCAGACCGUGCUUACGGCCGCGGUGAAGUCUCACCAGGCGAACGAGCCUCCAGUGCUGGAGACGUUGAUCGAGCUGAGGGCGGAUCUACACGCGCAAUCACGCAGCGGUGUCGGCUGUGCCUUUGCAGUGCGCUCGGCCGAGCAGGUGCAGUGCCUCCUGGCACACCGCGCUGACUUCCAAUGCGCCGACGUGGGCGUCGCCACGCCGCCGUUGAACGGCGUCGCCAACUACGCGGAUACGGCCACCGUGGCAGCGUUGCUGGCGGCGCGCUGCGAGCCGGACCAUCCGCGAGACUUGGAUGAGAAGGGGUGA